UUUCUUGGUUUCGCUUUCCCCUUGGCGUUGCUUGUAGCAGUUCAGCUAACCACUUUAACAUGGGCAGCAACGAAUGUGACGAAAACCUCAGGAAAAGGUAAAAAAGGUGUUCCCUUUAUUUCCAAUCCCUUUCCCACACGCAAACUGUAUUCGUUGGAUUAAGCGUUGCUCCCGAAUAAGCCCUCUGGGACUGUAAUUCAAACGCUAGCGGGCGCUAGUCUGUCUGAGGCACCCUUGGAACUUAUUUUACGCGGAAAUAUUUUUCUCAGUCUCAAACGCUACAGUUCUUCAGUAGACACACAUUAAAGGGCGGUCGUUACUUUUAAAACUUUGCAAACAUAGAGCAAGCCUAUUCAAGCGGUGGAUUCUGUGUGGGUUGUUAACUCGAUACCGAUAAUAGAUCUAAACGUAAACCUCCUCAUAUUGAUGUUUGAUCGACAAAUUUUGAACUAUGUAUAGACAAAAUUAAACUUUGAGUAACAGUAUCUGUUACCUGCUGAAAAUAAUUUACAAUAGAACAAAAGAACUUAUGAUGGACUCUAAUUUUAAUUUGACGGAAGUUUUUUCUUAGAGAAUUUUCUAGUAAUUACAAGCAAAUCGUUGCAUCUUUAGGAGAAAAGAAAAACUGAGAUAUUUGGUGUACGCUCAAUGGCCGAGCAAAGCGUAAUUGAAAACUGACUUUUGUCUCGAGUUUUCAUCUUUUUUUAUCAAUUUUGCGAGGAUGGCAGAUAACGUAGCGAAAGUUAGAUAAACGUUGACUUAACUGCAGAAGGUUACGCUAGUCUUCAAAGAAGUAAGUCAGUCCUCCAAAGAACUGAGAAAGAGAGAGCCUCCUUCCUCAAACUUAAGGUCAGUUUUCAAUUUUGGUCUUCAUCGCCGAUUUAACGUGUUUCAAAGAUUUUUCAAAUUUCUCCUCACCGGAACAAUACAUCAUUAAUUCUGCACUAGGAAGCAACCAACAUUAUCGCGUGGGGGGAGAGGGGGAGGGAAUGAGAAAUGGAAGAAGGAUUUUGGAGCCAAAGUAAUAUUUUUUGGGGCCGGAGGAGGGCUCAUAUGGUUUUCAGGAGAAUGAAAGGGGGAUCAGUCGUUGCUUACAGAGUAUAAAAGGAAAACUAUAGGAAAUUUACUGUAAAUGAGCGGGGAUCAUUAGAACACUACAAACCCCCCCCCCUCCUCCUCCUACCCUCCUUUUUGCCAAGCGAUAAAUGACAAAUUACCGGUUCAUUGAUUCGUAUACGAAAACUCAAUUGCUGUAGAGCUCAUAGAGCUAACAUGAAAAUUACAAAUGAUCCUCUACUGCAUUUCUUGCAAGAAUGUUUCACGGAAAGACAGAUAUUCUUACUCGAGGUCUAAUUUUGUUCAGCAAAACAAUUUAAAAAAAACUGAUUUAUCAAACAUUUAAAUAGUAACUUUAAUCAUUGCCCUUGAAUGAGAAUCGAAUGGAGGAAUAACACACGGACCCCUAAGGAGGUAAUCGUCAUCUUCAUCCGAAUGAAGAAGCUCUAUGAAGGAUAAGCAUAUAGCAUAAUUUUGAGAAACAUGUGAUAAUAUGAAUAAAAAGACGACCUUUUCUGGUGUCAAAGAUUAUGAUGAGCAAGGAAAACACCUGGGUGAACAACCAGUACGUCGCAUGGUACCACAGUGCGAUCUUAACCCAUUCUCAUUGCGUGGUGGUAAACCGACCUUUCCAGAGCAGCAAGAUGUCACCCUUUCCCUCUGUCCAGACAAUCAAUAUGGCAUUUUCUAUAAUAAUUAUUGGGGCAUUGCACGGUACACACUCUACAAGAUUACCGCCGCACAAGCCCACAAAGCCAAGACAGACCCAGUACCAAGACCUAAAGGUGACCCGUGGAAACAAACUCCAGGUAACUAGUUUUGUUAUUAUAAUUUAUUUUUGUGAUAAAGUAAUUUAGGCAUAAAAUAAAUUCGUUUCUCAUUCCACUACUACAACGUCCGUUUGUUCGUGUUGUUUUCGUCUUUCACGCACUGUUAUGCGAUCGAUAAGAUGCUGAGAUGAGACCGAAUGUUUCGUAAACUUAAAGUUAAAACACUAGGAAAUGUAUACAUACAACAUAUAUAUAUAUAUAUGUAUAUGUAUAUAUAUAUAUAUAUAUGUAUAUGUAUAUAUAUAUAUAUAUAUAUAUAUAUAAUAACACCCGCUUUCAGAAACGUUGCAAUUUGAAAAUAUACAUGAAAUAUAUAUACAUACUUUUUUUUUCUCCUCAAAAUGAGACACUUUGUGAUGAGAAAUUAAACAAAAUGUGUAUAUAUUUCAUUUUUGUUUUCAAAUUGCAACGUUUUCGAAAGUGGAUGUAUAUACAUAUAUAUACAUGUAUGUGUUUUUAUAUAUAGAUAGGUAGAUAGAUAGAUAGAUGGGUAGAUAGAUAUUAAGUAGAUAUACAUCUACAUUAUGCAUCAUUAUUCUCUCACGCAAUUUAACCACAUUAGGGCAACGGUAGACGCGAAACAUGCAACGGUAUUACACUGCAGGUGCAAAGGAGCAAAAAUACAGAUGGAAAGAGGAGAAACUUGUGGGAAAAGUCAUGCAUGAUGAUAUAAUCAUGUUAUGCAAACCAUUUCUUUGACUCAACUGAGAUCUUUCACUUAAAACAUUUCGUAACUGUGAUCGGGAGGGUAAGAACUUUAUUUACCUAGCGGAUAAAUCGAGAACAAAACUUCUUGGCUUGUGAGUAACAUCAGUGUAUCUUAAAACUCUCUCAUGUUCAGGGAUUAAUCAUCAAGGAAGCAAAGACUUGUACAAGUACCAACCUAUCCCAUGUUUAUACGACAGAGGCCACGUCGUUCCUGUUAAUAUCUUACGUUACAGCCUUGAUAGUGCUCGUGCCACUUUCACCUACACCAACUGCGUGCCGCAAAUUGCAGGUUUCAACAGAGGUCAGUGGAAAAAGUACGAAACGAAAAUAGUGCAAUAUGCUCAGCACUAUUGUGCUCCAAAGGGCGGAACUCUUUACCUGAUCACUGGUACAUCACAGGUUAAAUUUGAGGAGAGACUUAGUCUUGAAAACGAAAUAAUCGGGGUGGAUAAGUCGGUGCAACAAUUGGAGGGGUUCCAUGAAAUAGUGGAUAAAUUCCCUAAACUCGGACCAAAGAUCGCAAUUCCAAACUCGAUGUGGACAGUGGGCUGUUGUUUGAACUUGAAAACGAACGAAGUCGUUGGAGCGUUUGGUGUAAUGGGUGGUAAUUCUCUUAACCAACAGCUCUUAAAUGAAUUUAUGAUGCCCGGACAAACCGUCGCAUUUGUUCAAGAAGCCCUUCAAUUAGAGGAUAAAUCAAUUAGGUUGUUUCCUAAAGGCGUGGAUUGCUAUGAUGAAAAAAAAAACGUUCCAUUGAAUAACCUACGAUUUUUUUAUGUUCCUUGAAAGGCGUAUGGGUAAAAUCUUUGACAGGAAUCUAAGGGGCAUCUUGCAUGAAAUAACCAGAUUCAGAUCAAUGCACAAUUUUAUCAUAUCUCAAUUAAUAUGUGCGCUAUGAUUGGUCAAUUGAGCGGGCCAUAUUUCUCUGUACGCCUCACUAAAUUCAAAAGUUAGUUUAAAUUGAAAUCUACCUCCACUAUUUGAACCCGGAGAUAUAAUGAACAUCUCAAUAACUCGUUUUUCUCGGGCUGUACUGUUAGUUACAAACUCGGUUAGAAAGAGGUGUUUAGAGCUUAUAUUUCCAUCCUUUGUGUUCAAAAUAUGCAUGCUACUUUAUCUACUUAACAAUGUAUAUUGUAACAAAGAAGUGGAACCAACGAAUCAAUGAACUGUGAUCUAAGAAAUGAAAUAAAAUUUAAGGUUGUCCC